AUGGUCUCCUUCACCCACCUCCUGACCGCCGGUCUCCUGGCCUCCUCCACGAUGGCCAUUCCCCACGGCCACACCCACGAACAGACGGUGCAUCUCAAGCGCACGUCUCCCCGCGUCGUCCCCCGCGAGCUGUCCUCCAAGCGUGGCGCCGCCUACAACGAAGCUGAGGUGGUCAACUCGCUCUCCUCCAGCGGCAAGAUCGGCUGGGCCUACGACUGGAACAUGUACUCGAACGGCGAGCUGCCCACGGACAUCGAGUUCGUGCCGAUGCUCUGGGGCAGCAAGAUGUUCGAGGGCUGGUCCGUGGCCAUCCAGACGGCCCUGGCGUCGGGGUCCUCGUACAUCAUGGGGUUCAACGAGCCGGACAUGCCCGAGCAGGCGAACAUGCUCCCCGGUGACGCCGCGGGUUACUAUAACCAGUACAUCACGGACCUGAGCGGCCAGGCGAAGCUGGUCACUCCGGCCGUGACGAACGGCGUCGGCGAGAACCUCGGUCUGACCUGGAUGCGCACCUUCCUGGAACAGUGCCAGGAGUGCGGCAUCAGUGUGCUUGCUGUGCACUGGUACGGCGAGAACGCGGACGACUUCAAGAAAUUCGUCAACGACGCCGUCGACCUCGCCAACGAAUUUAACCUCGAGAGCACCUGGGUUACCGAGUUUGCGCUCAGCCAGGACAUGAACGCCGGUGCCGCGUCGCGGACGAGUGUCGAUUUCUUGAGCACGGUGCUGCCCUGGUUGGAUGACAAUGAGGCCGUCGGUCGGUAUGCGUACUUCAUGUGCAAGGAUGGGUUCUUGCUGAACGCUGGUGGUUUGAGUAUCAGUGGUGAGGCGUAUGUUGCCUAG